GCGGACCCGUUUAUUUGCUGUGCUACUGAGUGUCUCGCGGGUCGCGCUCUCCUAGUCAACUCGUUUCGUCGCUUGACGGCGCACUUGGACCCAGUCAUGGCUGGGCCGUCUUCCCCUGGCGCGCGAGUUCCAUUUACGGACCAAGAUCGGGAUUACAUGAUCAAAUAUCUUGCGAAGUAUACGACGAAUCCACAAGGCCGCAGUGGAAACGAGAUCUGGAAGACUCUGAAGGAUAAUAAGAGGCACAAGUGGGACUGGGCCAACCGCCACACUUGGCAGUCAUGGAGAAAUCACUACGCUAAAGACCGGGAGUUCUUCGACCGCAAAGUACGCAAGUAUCAACAGAAGAACCCUACGCUCCAGCCGCUCGCCUCUGAUGCUGGUCCGUCAUCAUCACCGGGUGGAGGCGCGAAGCGUGUACGCGUCGCGUUCACGGCCUCCGAUGACGAGCAUCUCGCGGAGUACCUCGCGGAGCACAGUCUUACGACUCCGGGUCGCCUUGGUAACAAGCUGUACAAGACAUUAGCUGGCGACGAGGAGGGCAAAUGGCCUUGGGCCUCACGCCACACUUUCCAAAGCUGGCGCGAACGGUACAAGAACCGCCGCGAAACGUUCGACGAAUACAUCCAGCAACGUCAGCUUGAUCGUCCUCCUCGCGCGGUUUUCGAAACACCUACAGGCUCCCGCCAACGACGCCGCAGGGUAAAGAGGGCGUCUUCUGAGCUAGAUGAGCCGAUCCCAGAAGAGCGCGAAGAGCCAGAGGAGGCUAACGCAAAUGAGGCUAAGGUACGGGAGGCGCGGAAGGAGGAAGAGGAAGAGUCGCAGGAGACAGAGAUGCAAGAGGCGGAGAGCGUGGCCGGAGAGGAACAUGAGGUCGAAGAAGCGAUUCGUAGACGAGAGAAGGACGCCUCGCUCAGGCUGAGUAGCACGCCAUCCCAGCAAGGCAGCGAGACAGGACAGACCGGAACGAAGCGGAGACGGACUGGCGAAUCGGACGAUGGUGUUGCAGAGCUGAGCAAGAUCAAGCGAAGACGCGUUGAAGACAACGGUGGCACUAUAGCACAAAACGAACGCACAACAGAGGCCGAUGCUGGCAUUCCGACACGAGAUGAACGACGGACAGAGAUACCUCAGGCGAGAAGUCCGCAAAGAGUGAACGGGAAGCUUCCUGGAGUGCCUCCCCGCGAGGAUGACUACACUGGAGACAUAUUCGAUCCUCGCGACUCAAGCGACAACGAGACUGAGGACGAGGAAGACGACCAGCAGCAGGAGCACCCGCCAAUCGCAAUCAAGCAGGAGGAGGGGGAAGAGGAUCAGGAAGAUCAGCCCGCUCCUUCAGCUGUCGAGCCGGGGGACCAACGACAGAUCGACGUCGACGUCGAUGCAAUAGCGAGCAUAAAGCAAGAACCAGUGGAAUUCCUUUCACCUGGUGGCGCCCCUUCCCCGACCACGGUCAGUCGCGCUAAAGAUUCGUCAGACCGGCUGUACCCCUCUCUACCACCCCCAUCUCCGCGUAUUACCGAUGUCGAAGAAUUGUCGCUUCCGGGCCAGUUCCCGACAACGUCCACGCCAGUCCACGUCAGAGGGGCUUCUGUAGUUUCUGAGGCUAUCCCUUUGGCUCACGAAUUGCUCGAGAAGAAGGCAGACUCCAAUGAGGUGUCACAGAACCCCACGCCACCCGCAAGCUCUCCGCCAGUCGAAGACAUGGCUCCAGUGAAACAUAAGUACGCUCACAAAGCUACCCGGCAACCCAUCACCCCUCGUGCGCGUCCUCCUGCUCCCAAAGCUAAACACAGGUACUUGCGGAAGCCAUCGGAAGAAAUAUUCGCCUCUGUCGCCAGUACUCCUGUUAUACCUAGUUCUCGGGACGUCACACCUUCCCCGCAGCGUCAGGAGCGGCGGUUCAAACGCCCACGAGAGCCGCCACGUCUUGACGAUGGCCCUUAUAACCACGUCUUUACCGAUGCCAUGGGAAGGGUACAGCCUAGCGGCGCCAGACCGACCGGUGUAGCGGUCGAUGAGGGUAGCGACCGGGGCGACCGGGACGAGGAAGUGAGAGUCUGGCCACCGCUGAGGGGACGGGACAAGGGAAAGAGGAAAGUACAACAAGAACAGACGAAUGCCCGACCACCUAUUGCUUCUGACGUGCAGGUGAAGACGGAAUCGCAAGAACCCGUAGCCGCCCUGCGCCAGCUACCCGCGCAGUCUGCUAGAACGCACCAUCCCUUCAGCCAGCCUACGCAAGAUCUAGGAGCAUCCCAGGACUCUCAAGCACAAUAUAGCCAAUCGCAGCACCACGUCUUCAGCCAGCCGAGUCAGCGAGUCGUCUCUGCCGAGCGCAGCCAAUCAGAGCCUCAGGAGACAGGCACAGAAUUCAUGCCGUCUUUCAGGUUCCCAAAGGCGCAUCUAGACCGUCUAGAGCAAGAAUUGACUAGGAAUGGCCAUCUGUUGCAGACGAGGACGGCUGGCGGCGAGGAUCAACAUGCGGGCGUCGUGACGAGCACGCCUGUCCGGCGAGACACGGCAAGACAUUCUCAUCGUAAUACUUCGAUGUCGGGCCCGUCCAGCGUUGUCCCUGCUCCGCCCGACGAGUUCUCAAGGAAUCCGGAUCUCGGCCGUAGCGUACACUUCGAUCCCGCGCUACCCGACUCCAAAGGCAAGGCAAGGGAUUACGGGCCUUCGACACCGUACAUCAACGGUAGACGACAUACACUCGGGGGCAGUUCCGCACCCCAGACACAUUCCGAGGACGACCACGCCGCAGAAGAGCGUAUCCGUGUCCGACAGUCCUUGCCUCUGUUGCCCUCUGCUCCCCGCGGUAUUCGCUCUGCCGACGACUCUUUCGUUGGCACAGUUUCUACCUCAUUCUCCUUCCGACGACCCCGCAGACGAGAGUCUCUCAGCUUCGUCCAGCAGCCAAAACCACGCUCCGCAUCGGUCGAGCCGGAGCCUCCGAUACAAAUCAGUGAGGACGAUGAGAGCGUCGUGGUGCACAUCGGGGUGGAGACAGCCAUACAAACGAUGUCCGAAAACCAUGGGUUCAACGCGGAGAUUGUACGCAGGGCGUGGAGCCAGACCCAGAGCCUACGUAAGACCGACGCUGUGCUACGGCAGAUGCGUGAGGCUGCUGAAAAGGCUGCUCUGCAGUUCAUGGAAAACCUCCAUGAUGAAAGCAGUCUCCCCGCUGACCCUGGAGCUGUUGUGCGCGGACGACCUCUGGCAUAUGGUGGAAGCCCGCGUCGCUCUUCACAUAAUCGCGAAGCCUCGGUCCUACGUAUCACCCCAGCGGAAGCAGACGAGGAGACCAGCUCAGAAUACUCGCCUCCGAAACCGACUCGAGCGGGGCAGUACGUGCGUCUGGUCAAAGAGGGCAGACCGUACGAGGCCGUUACUCGGGAGAUAAGCUAUGCAACUGGCAUCUCACCGUCACAUACUCCUCAACGGAACGAUAUCGACAAGGACAGGCGUGGUACUACCAGUCCGGACGCUGCUCUGCAGGGAUUCAAUACUCCAGAUGAGUACAGGCAACCCGAUCCUCCUCCUAAUAUUUCGCGAUGGAACGGGUUGGGCUUCGACCCUGCUAAGAUUGCAAUUGGAAAGAGACUCGGACAGAUGUUGGCGAAUAUCAAUGCGUAGUAUCAUUUUUUGUGUUCCGUCAUGUUAAUUCCUGUAGGUGCUCGAGCCUAUUUCUGAUCAUUGCUAUAUGGUUGUAUCAUCAUGGUCACUUCCGAUAGACCUGGUUCAGUCAACCAAUCUGUUUUGGCUCGCCUACAAUGAGGUGAUACAAUCCUAGAGACGCGCAGUGGCUAGGUGAGAAUACGCGCGCGCCAGGAGAAUUUGGGUCGAGCGACG